GUAAAUAAAACAAGCCUCGUAUUCGCCUUAUCUAAUCUCUGUGCGGUUGUCAACCACGCAAUAAUGGCUGAAAUAACUUAAAGGUAACAUUGAUACACAAAAAACGAUGGCAUUAUCUGAAUCCCAAAUACCACCCGACGCCCAGCAUUAUUUGGUGUGUGGCACUAAAGACUGUAAGAAGAACUGCCAGUUUUACUGCAAUAACUGCAACCAACAAAUGUGUGAACAAUGCAGAGAGGAACAUCAGAAAAAUAGGAUAACCAAGAACCAUGAAGUGGUCCUUUAUAAGCUACGCAAUCGUCAACUUCCUGUGGAGAAAUGCAAGAUCCACCCCACAAGACAAAUAGAGUUUCUCUGUGAAGAAUGCCAGAUUCCCAUUUGUUCUAAAUGUACAGCUACAAAAGAACAUCGCGGCCAUAUGUUUACCGAUCUAGAAAUUGUCUUUGCUGAAAAAUGUUCCUUUUGUCAAGAGGAAAUAGCUAAAAUUCGAAACUAUUUUGAGCCUACUUCUCAAGAUUUAAAAAACAAAAUUGCUGAAGAUGUCACAAAAAUAAAGAACUUCAUGAAAGGGAUAAAAACAGCAAUGAAGGCUGAAGCUGAAUCUGUGAAAAAACUGGUAGACACAGUCACAUCAGAUAAAAUAAAACAAGUAAACAAAAUAGAACAGUCAUUAUUAAAAACAUUAAACGACCAAAACCAAACAAUAGAUGACUACAUCAACUAUCUCAAUGAUUUAAUCAAAACAUUUUAUGGUAACCUAUCUACCUCGGACAUUAAACAUUUAACAUUUGCUCUCAAAUCUGAAAAAAUACUGAUAAAAACAAUACCAGAGACAUCAAAACCAGUCCAACCCGUAUUUACUGCUGGUCAAUACAGCAAGGAAGAUGUCGCCAAACUGCUGGGUAGAAUAACCGUUCCUAACACUAAACCAGAGAACAGAAAAAUAAAGCCCAUGGAGACUGCUUCUACACAGUUGAAACCUACAGGGAAACAGAGGCAACAAGACAGAGAGAAAUCUGACGUGAAACAAACACUGUCUCUGUCUUCCUCUGUCACCAAGGUCAGGCAGUAUAUAGUACCAGGUGUUAGCAGUGUAUUACAUAUAUCACUGGGUAAAUCAGGCCGAUUCUGGGGCAAUGAUAAUGAUGGUAACCUUGUCCAAACAGAUCUACAGGGGAAUCAGCUACAGAUGAUACUAACCAGUGGUGGAACUCAAAGCUACCACACAGUCACACAGGACGGGAAUCUGAUUUAUACAGACAGAGACAACAAAGUCAUCAAUAGGAUAACACAGGAUAAUACAAUCACUGGAUUCAUUAAAACAGGAGACUGGAGACCACUCAGUAUACACUCCUCCUACAUCAACGGGGACAUACUGGUGGGGAUGGAGACAGAUGAAGAGGCUAAAGUCACCAGGUACAACAAGACAGGGACAGAAAUACAGAACAUACAGAGAGACAACAAAGGACAGGCACUGUGUGUGUAUAGUUACCCACACCACAUCACAGAAAACAUCAAUGGUGAUGUCUGUGUAUCAGACUAUAACAAUGCUGUAGUGGUGGUGGAUAAAUCGGGACAACAUAGGUUCUCCUACACAGGUAAGAGGUCAGAGUUUGAUCCCUAUGGAAUAUGUACCGAUGUACUCGGUCACAUCCUGGUGUGUGAUGAUAUCAGUAAAACAGUUCAUCUCCUGGAUCAGGACGGUCAGUUCUUGUCUCUACUACUCCCACCACAACAAGGGAUAAAGUAUCCCCGUAGUGUGUGUGUGGAUGAUGAAAAAAACAUGUGGAUUGGAGAAUUUUACAACGUAGUGAAAGUGUAUAAGUAUCUAAAGUGAACAGUGUACAAGUAUAAUAUGUAUUAAUGACUGAUUUUGAUUGAACUUAAUAGUUGGUAAACUAUUUAUGAUAUGGUAGGAUAUAUUUUAUUUGAUCAAUAUUACUAACAUUAUAUAUUAAAUUUGACAAAUAAUACACCCAUUUGCAAUUUUCUUAUGUUUUCUUGAUUUAUGCAAUAAGAAAGUCUUCUCAAUGGUUUUGACAAGUUUUAAAAUGUGCAUGCUCAUCACAUGCAGUAAUGUCAU